UGCUUUUAAAACGUAGAUUUAUAAAGCUAAAGCAAGCAGGAUAUUUUAAUAGACGUGUAAUUUAAGUUAUUUUACGUUUAUUAAGGCUUAGCCUCUCUCGUGCAACUACAACAAAGAGCCCUGGGAGAGAGAAUUGAUCCCAAAGCAGUAAUAGUUUUGUAUUUUUGUCAUUUUUAACGCAUUAUUAAUCCUCAAUAUUUCCCACAGUAUUUAUUUUACUCUUUGCCUGUUGCAUUUGCAGAGUUUCCAAUUCCGUUUAUUGUGACGUUUGCUUCGUUCCGCAUUGAAACAAAGUCGAGCUUUGAGCAAUUGCGAGAUUCUUUUGCUCGAGCUGCAUCACGUUCGCGGGGUUUCGUUAAUUUCGCGUGCUAAAUGAAGCGGAUACCCAGAGGGAUUUCUCCUGCUUCAGGAAGAGGCGCAGUCGCUGGACUCUCGUGCCCGCACAAAACAAUGUUCUCCGGGUUGAGGACGGAUUUUUUCAACACUGGACUUUCGAGCCCGCCUAUUAAUUCGGUACCGACUGGAUACUUCACUCAAAUCGGCAACACGACAGCUGCGGAGCAGAGACCCAACUGCCUGUACGCGACCCCCCACGGGCCCGAAGCUAAGCCUGUGCGGACCUCCUCCGGCCGGCUGCCGGCCAAGAGGAGGCUAGAUCUGGAAGAGCCACUGUAUCUCCCAGAAUUUUGCACACCAAAAGGGAAAGGAAACUCGGCAUCUGCAAGAGCACCAAGCCCCAAAACUCCCAAGUCUCCCGGUGAGCGCACUCGUUACGACACUUCUCUUGGGCUGCUUACUAAGAAAUUUGUUGGCUUACUAAGUGAAUCGCCUGAUGGGGUUCUAGAUCUGAACUGGGCCACGGAGGUUCUGGAGGUUCAGAAGAGACGUAUCUAUGACAUCACAAACGUUCUGGAGGGAGUGCAGCUCAUACGCAAGAAAUCUAAGAACAACAUUCAAUGGAUGGUAAGUGGUGUGUUUGAGGGGUCAGCCAGUGGUGCAGAGAUGGCCAGCACUCUGAGGAAAGAACUUUCUGAGCUAGACAGGCAAGAGAAAGCUCUGGACAACCUCAUUCUGUCCAGCUCGUCACGACUACGAGAACUCACAGAGAACAAUGACAACCAACGAUUAGGAUAUGUAACGCAUCAGGACAUUCGUUCUAUAGUCAGCCUGAAGGAUCAAACAGUGAUUGCUGUUAAAGCUCCGUCUGAAACCAAACUGGAAGUUCCAGAGGCAUCCGGGGGGUCACUGCAGAUUUACUUGAAGAGCAAGAAUGGUCCAGUUGAGGUGUUCUUGUGUCCUGAAGAAUGUUUGGAGGAUGUUAGUCCUGUCAAGAAUGCCACACCCAGAAAAGAUUACCCACAAACCCCAAGUGCCACCACACCCUCUCUCUUCCCACCUGCAAAACCCCAGCAAGCAGAGGGUUUGCUACCAAAACCUCAGCCGUCGAUGACAUGCACCAACGGUAGCAUCUCUCUGCUUGAUGUAGAAGGGAUUCUGGGUCUUCCUCCUAGCCUUCUACAGAUCACAGAAGACCAGCUGCCUGGAAUGCCCUUCACAUCUGACCCCGCUGGCCCCUUUGUUAGUUUCUCUCCUCAUCUCACUCACGAUGACUACCUCUGGAGUCUGGAUGAUGGAGAAGGUGUAUCUGACUUCUUUGACACAUAUGAUCUGGGAGAUCUGCUCAAAACAUGAGGCAUUAAUGCCAGGGCUGACAAAACCCUAGUUGAUAGUGUCAUUUAGAUCAAUUCAGACCCUGAUCCACAUUACAACAGACACCUUCACAUUAUGAGAUAGAAUGAAGUUGUAGUAUAUAGUGCACAUGCCAUGAUGCCAUGAAGAUGGCCGAACGUGGAAUGGAGACUCUGCACAGUUUAAUCACUUAAGUGAUUAGGAGUCGAAAAUACUUUAUAUAAAAAGUGAUCAGGCGUCCUCUAGUGGAUAUCCAUGUAAUUCAGAUACAUAAUGAAGCCAUAUUUUUUUCUGUCAGCCAUACAAUAGUAAGGUAUUUUUUCUUUUGGAUAGUUUAGUUAUAUAUAUUUUUGACAAAAAACAAGUAUUUGUCAUGUGAUUUUUAAUUAUUACAAUUUAUUUUGUAUUUUUGCCCAUUGGCAAUGUUGUUGAUCUUUGUGAUUCUAUUUAGUAUUGACCAUAAUCCAAAACUGUGUAAUUGCCUUGUGUGUUGGUAUGAGCCAGAACAUACUGUGUUAUCAAUUGUGAAUAAUUCUUAAAUAGGAUGUAUGGAACUCAGGUCAUUUUUAAAGCUUUUUUGAGCUUUAGCAAUGGUAGUACUGUCAAUACAUUGUCAGUAGAGGGCUGUGUGACCAUUUCCUGCUGCCCUCAGGCAAAGGUGCUAAUAAAAAUGUGUUUGUUGAAGACAUAUGAACCAUCAUAAGGUUUAUACCUUAGCAUUAUAACCAGACUCAUUAAAUCUAGACUCAAGUGAAGCAGAGAUCUGAAAAGCUAUGUUUAUUAAAAUGAUUCAAAUUUACUUGUCAUCUGUUCAAACUGAAAGCAGUGCUUUUAUUUUUUGAAAUAGGUGCUUGUCUGUUCAUUCUACCUCCAUUUUUAGUGUAUUAAGCCAAAGUGAGGUAGUAGCUUGAUCUUGUAGCAGUGGCCUUCCCAGGUUUUGAAUAUGUAGAAACUAUUUAAUGCCUACAAGGUUUUAAACACUGACAUGGAUGUCUGUGUUGCAGAAACCCUAGGGGAUGAGUUGGCAGCAAAAUUUGACAUUUCCAAGUGUUUUAUUCAAAUGGAUAUAUUUAUACUUUUGUGGUCUGUUCAAUUACUAGAAUCAACUUUUCCUUGUGAAAUUAUGGUAAUGAAGUUCUCAAGGUUCUCUGCUCCACUCUUGGAGUAGUUAAGGGAUGUUUAAUGAAAUCUGGCAGAAACCUUUGAUACUGUAUGAACACUGAACUGCUCCAUGAACUGCUGGGAAUUCAAAGUGAACUUUGUUUCCAGAUUUUUUAUUUUAUUUAUAUUUUUUGGGGGUCUGGAUUCUUGCCAUCACCUUAAUGCUAGGCUUUAUAGCAGAGACCAAGCAGAAUUGUAACUGUUUAUAUCUGGUGUAUGUAAAAAGACAUUUACAGUUUGAAAACACCCAUCUUUAAUGCAGAGCAUGUCUGGUAUGGGAGGCAAUAUGGAAAACUUGAAUAACUUCAUUUUUAAAACUACAUUCCCACACCCAGUUUAAUUGUGUUCUGCACUGAAUAUGGUUCUGCUUUUGAAGCAUUUCUCAAAUGGGGAAAAACAAAACUGAACCAAAAGACAAAGGUCUUGCAGGGUGCUGGAACGUUGGCCUUAAAAUUCUUUUUUUUACACCUGAUCACACCUAGAUUUGUCUAACCUAGGAUACUAGAACUUUAAGCUCUGGAAUAGAAAUAGUUUUCCAAGGCUGAUUCAGCAUUUGGCAAGGUGCCUAUAGGUUUGGUUUAAGAGCAGUUGUAAUCAGAUUUGAUAUUUGUCUGAUUAAUUUAUGGAUAACCUAUAUCUUGUGUGAGGGUGUACAAAACUAUUACCUGGGUUUUGCUUCAUGCAACUGUCCUGUCCUAACAAACUUGAAAAUGUGUGUUUGUAUAUGCAUGAGUGUGCUGAAGUGUUGUCUAAGAUUUGGCAGUUGUGCAUUUGGUUGUAGUCUUUAGUGAAAUGUUUGGAAUAAUUUGUUUUGCGUUUUCACUUUUUAAAAAGCAUUAUGUUUUUAAAAUUGUACAGAAUAAGCUUGUAUUUAUAGUUUUUGUAUUUUAUGUAUUUAGCAUUUUAUUGGUUAUUGUCUCAGGAUGUGUUAUUUUUGAAAGACCUUCUGUUUAACAGGCAGCACUUAACUUGAUAAAUUGUGGUGUUUAAAAUGAAU